UCAAAUAAAGGAGGAAAACAAGAAAAAGAAAGAGUGGGGGGAAAUCUCCAUCUGAGUGGAGGGAGGCGUCGAACAUGUGAUGGCUUCCUCGCAAAAUCCCCCCCGGCGGCAGCUUGCGGCGGGGCAGUCCGCCUGGCCCGAUCUACCACCGGAGCUUCUGGAGAGCAUCUUACUCCGCCUCGACCCGCUCGACCAUGUCGCCGUCCGCCUCGUUUGCUCCUCGUGGCGCUCUUGCGCGCGAGCUUUGCUCUCGGCUGACCUCCCCUUCGAGGCCCCGCGACUACUCCUCCGUCGCCCAGGAUCCUGCGGCAGGCUCGCCUUCUUCAGCCUCCGCCGCCUGGAGAUCCUCCCUUACGCUCUCCCCGACCGUCUCAACGCCGGCCGGUGCUGCGGCCAGAUCGGCUGCUGGCUCGCGAUGGCCUUCGACGAUGAGCGGGCGAUCGAGCUCCGCAACCUCUUCUCCGGUGAAUCCGUGGCCAUGCCCCGGCCCCCCGUGUUCCCGGUCGCCAAGAUAAUGCUCUCCGCGCCGCCUACCUCCCUGGGGUGGGUGGCGGCCCUGCUGGGCAACUCGGGCACGCUCGCGCUGCUGCAGCCAGACGUGUCCGGCGCCGACGCCUGGAUCUCGAUCGCGGCGGGGGCGGAGCACGGAGGGUUCCGGGACAUGGCCUUCUGGCGCGGGCGGCUCUGUGCGGUGGGCUACGACGGCACGGUGCUGGCCUACCGAGCCGACCUCCGCGCGCGCGUGGCGGCCGUGUCGGAGCUGCGGGAGAAGGACGGGUGGCAUGAGAGGAACGUGCUGCGGCAGUGGCGGCGCCGCACGUACCUGGUGGAGUCCGAGGGGGAGCUCCUGCUGGUGAGGAAGCUGUACAGUGUGGAUGGGGACUGGGCGGAGGUGGAUGUGGAGGUGCAUCGGUUCCGGCCGGAGGAGUGCAACUGGGAGGAGGUGGAGGAGCUCCCAGGGAGGGCGGUGUUCGUGGGGGCCGUGGCGUCGGUGUCGGUGCUGGUGACGGCGGCGCUGCCGGGGGUCCAGGAGAACUGCGUCUACUUCGCGCGGCGGGAGGUGGAAAUGAUAGUGCCGCAGGCCAUCGGCGUGUACUCGCUGGAAGACUUCGAGACUUCGGUAGUGGCCAUCGCCGGCGGGCACUCCGCCGACGUGGAGCCCGUGUGGAUCAUCCCCUCGGUUCCCUGUUCCCACGCGUCGGCGUCCAGGAAUUAUCAGCAGGCUUCCCGCCUUUGCGAUGGAUGAAACUUGUCCGCGCGCGUGUGUGUUCUUCUCCCUAUGACUGUCAUCUGUCUCUGAGAUGAGUAGAUGAGGUGACUUUGAUCUAUUUGUGAGUUGAGCAGAUGAACUUCAUACUCCGAAAGGGAGCACUGCGAGCUCUAUAAGUGCAAGCCAAUGCUGGUUGGGAUCCCCGUUUAAUCUGGCUCGUUCACCACAUGUUCAGACUUCAGAGUGUACAUACUGGCAAAAAAAUGUUCAGAGUGUUA